AUGAAAGCUAUAAUCAUUCUUACCUUUGUGGUGCAGGUUCUCACGGCUGUUGUUAGCCGUGAUCCAGGGGCUGGUGAUGAUGCCAGCCCUCGGUCGUUCCCGCUGCCCCCUCUACCCCCUGCCACGGCGGAGGGGCCCGACCCCGACAAAGUGCAAAUCAUUGGCGUGACACAUGGCGGAACGGGAUGCCCCUCAAAUUCAGUCAGGCAUAUCCUUUCGGAUGACAGGACCGUUAUGACUCUCAUUUUCGACAAAUAUGUUGCGUCGAUUGGUCCCGAUGUUCCGAUCACCGAGAGCCGCAAGAACUGCCAGUUGAAUAUCAAUCUGCGGUAUCCCGGUGGCUUCCAAUACUCAAUAUUCUCAGCCGACUAUCGUGGGUAUGCAAACCUAGAUAGGGGUGUUAAGGGUGUUCAAAAGAGCACCUACUAUUUCUCUGGUCAGACACGACAGGCUUCCACCAUGACCGAAUGGAACGGUCCAAUGGAAAAAGACUAUCUUCUCCAUGACGAAACAGACCAUGCCACCACUGUCUGGUCCCCAUGUGGUGCCAAUGGAGCCCUCAAUGUCAAUUCCCAGAUUCGCCUAACCAGCAAUAAUCACAACGCUCGUGGUGUGUUGACCACAGACUCUAUCGACGCGAGUUUCAGACAGAUUGUCCAUUUCAGGUGGCAGAAGUGCAACAACUAG